GUGGCCUUGCAUAGCGUCACACCAUGUGAUCAAAACAAGAAUUCAGCUUGCUGGUAUGAUGUGACCUCCGACUCGUGUAAGGCUCACCCAGCGUGAGGACUAACAAAGAGGAAGAAGAAAAUGGAGGAAUUUCCCACUGGGACGCUGCAGGCGGUGUGUUUAGGUUCCAGUAUCGCUCUCUCUGGUCUGUUCUAUUAUGUCUACAGGAAGAAACGCAAAACUGUGGACAAACUCAAUGAUGCUCCUCAGAUAGCUUUAAACAAGAACCUAGUGGAUCUUCUGAAUGCUACACCAGGGAAGUGUCUACAGUAUGUGGUUAUUGAAGGUACCGUGCAGCCCGUAGGGGAGCCGUUAAGGAGUCAGUUUCAGGAAGGAAGUGUUGGUGUAAUACAGAAACUUGUUCUCCGGGAGCACAAACUGGUGUGGAACAGCAUAGCUCGCACCUGGACAGACCGGGAGCGUGUACUGCACCAGCGUGUGAAUGCUGUGCCCUUUAACCUGAUUGGUGGAGAUGGGGCGAGCGUACGCGUGCUUUGCCCCCUAGAGGCCACGGGCCCCGAGAUGGAGACUGUCCACGAGAAGUUCCACCAAGCCAGCUAUGGCUUCACCGACCUGUUGGGCCAGUACCUGAGUGGAGAGAAGCCCAAAGGCCAGCUGGAGACAGAGGAGAUGCUAAAGGUGGGGUCCUCGGUGACAGCUGUGGGUGAGCUCAUCCUGGACACAGACCGGCUGCUUAAGCUCCGCCCACCAACCGACGGUUCGGAGUUCUUUCUGAGCACAGGGGACUUUGAGAGUUUGCGGCUGGAGCAGGAGGGACAGGCAGGUGGCUGGAGGGCGCUGGCCUGCGUGUGUGCAUUAGUGGGUGUGGCUGUCCUGCUGUGGGUGGGUCGUCGCUACUAUAGGCAGAUGCAGAGCAAACGGAAGAGGGAGAGAGAGAGAAGGGAAUUUGAACAGAUGUGGGAACAGGACGGGGAGGAAGCCACAGAAAACCUGUGUGUGAUCUGUCUGAGCAAUCCGAGAGGGUGUGUGCUGCUGAAUUGCGGACACGUCUGCUGCUGUUACAGCUGCUACCAGGCCCUGCCUCAGCCCACCUGCCCUGUCUGCAGGCAGAUGAUCAGCAGAGUCGUGCCCCUCUACCAGGCAUGAGAGAGGAGAUACAUAUAAAUAUAAAUUUGUGGAGGUGAGGUAAUGUUAUUUUGCCACAGGACAUCUGUAAUGUCUAUGACUGAUUUGCAUAGCAUAAGUAAUCUUAGUGUAAAUUACAGAGGUGGGAGUGGCUACUCGAUUUACGUAUUGCCAUUACACCAAUAAACUUCCAUGCACAGUAUGUGCAGCAAUCUUACAAAUAGAAUACAUGGGCAAACAUUGAAUUUAAUUGGAAUUUCACAGAUUUUUCUAAAUCUAUGCAUAAUUCAGUCUUUGAGAUGUAAACAAAGACAUUCAGAGUGGUUUGAUGUGAAACUUACUUACACAGAUUUCUUUACAGUGUUGGGGUAAGGAAACGGGGAUUGCCAUGACUACAACAUAAAUAUAGCCAUUUUAUUUACUAAAUAAAACACUGGUGAACCUUUGUCUUCUAAAUUUUUAUAUGCAAUGUUGAUUAUAGAAAUAUCGUUGAAAAAAUCUGAAAAAAAAAUUUCUUCAGGUAUAAUUUUUCCUUACAAACCCCUGUAUGUAUAUCUCCACCAUGAAUAGUUUUCUGUGAGGUAGUUUUUAGAGGCAUUAAAUGCUUUGGAUAUCUGGUUCAUAUCACCACCAUUGUGAACAAUUCUGUCUCGCAAAGUUUUUUUCACAUCAGAUUUCACAUCAAACCACUCUGAAUGACUGUUUACAUCUUAACCAAUAAAUUUUCUUUAGCGUUAAGAGCUGCAUUGCCAUUACCUCAGGAAUUGUCAGCAAAUGGUCAACAUCAGCGCAUGAAAUCAAACGUUUUUUCUUUUUACAUAUUUUAAUGUUCGAAGACGUACACUUGAAGUAGGACAAUACAUUUAAUUUGGGCCACAGAGAAUACAAAUAAAUGCUUCGUUGAGUGCCUCCAUACUUACAAAAAAUCCUUUUCCACAAAAUAUGAUCUGGAAUCGUUCCUGAAGCAGGAGCGCACAGUCCAUAAAAAUGACUGACAUGGUGGAUUCGGAUGGCACUGAGACACAUUGGUAAUAAUUACAUUACCCACCUCCCCAUAUAAAACUAAUCUCUUCCAGUCCCUAAGUGUUUAAGAGUGAUUUUCUUUUACAAGGUUGAGUGAGAGAGACUGUUAGAGGAGAAGAAAUAACAUAAAAGGGCUGAAUCCCAAGUGGCUCUUUGUAGGGUAGUGUUUCUUAAUCCUCCUGCUGGGAACCCACUGCCCUGCUUAGUUUUAUCUAUUCCCUGCCCCAACACACCUGAUCCAGCUAAUUAAGGGCUUGAUAAUCAAGUGAUGGGUUAGUGAAGUGCAGUGAAGCAGGGAAGAGUUUAAAAUGUGCUAUUUGUCCUAGAGGCCUCAGUAAACACAUGAUUAACUGAUGAUGUCUGGCACACCAAACGUGAGCUUUCGUAUAGCAAAAAUGUGAUAUUAUUUUUUAUUUGCCCCUGUUUGAUUUUUGCAAACUUUGGCAGGUGACAUGAAUUGGCAUGUCAACAACACUGAUCGGCUGUGUCCUAGCAACAGAAACUUUGGCGUUAGCAUCUCCAAACACAGCUAAGUAGCUCAUGUUGAACUUCAGACAGAUACAAGUUGCAACUGCUGAAUGAGGCUGCGACAAAUUCACUUUUCCAAAAUGGAAAUGGAAACAUCAGUGUCACUGUUUGCCUGUUUUUGAGGAGCAAAUUAUAUUUCUUUAAAGAUGUUCUGCUCCUUUGUUGGUAACUUUUGGCUGUGUAAACAACAUGACGAAAUUCCCAAAAAAUCCUCUCGUGUAUAGCUUUUAUGUGAAAGAAUAGUGUCCAAAUAUUUCACAUUUUUAUGUUGUUUAUUCGAACAGAUUGCAUUCAGUGUGCCUUAAGGGACAGGAUUAAGAAACACUGUUGUAGGGCAUAGGUUUACCCAAUAAAUUGUUCACUAGUCAUUAUUGUAUUAUUGGCUUUUCAGAUAUUUACAAUACAGGAGACUGCAAGAUGCAUGUGAGAUCUUUAACAAAUUGCAUAUCUUAUGUGUGCUAUGAGCAUUCUGACCAGUGCUUCCCUAGGAAAACAGUCGUUAUACUGACUUAACCACGAAAUUGCCUUAAUUCUCCCUCCAAACUCAUCCUUUCCAUUGGUAGAGUAAUAAUGCGCUCAAUUUAACAAAAGAAUUGUGAAAAUGUUUUAUUGAAUAUCACAAAACCUAGCUAAUCCCUAAUUGUGCAUGCAGUGCGUUAUUUUGGCGUGUCCAUCAGGGUGCACAUGUCCAGUUGCCUCCCUGUUGGACUUUACGUAUAGAAGUCUUUAUUUUAUGGUUCAUGUUGUGCACUAUAUAGCUAGAAGGCAGCCAGUUGAGAUUAAGUAAAUAGGAUGGAAUAAGAAAAAAGAAAGUAAGGAUUAAAGAGAGGCAGGGCCAAGACAAAGGAUUGGAUGGCACACUCUUGAGAAUGCUAACUCUACACUAUCAGAACACUAUAAAUUGUUUUGGACGCGGUUUCCUUAGACAAACAUGUCUGAAGCUGUUCUGGAUGGCUUACAGAAAACUUCUUUACAUGGCAACACGAGUUAUCCAUGCAAUACUGAUAAGGAAGCCACAAUGGACAGAAAACCUGGGACUGAGCCAGAUGCAAAACAGCAACAGCAAUAUAUAUGCCUACACGCACAUAACCUUUGAAGCUAAUCACAUGGAUGUCAAAAAGACAUUCUGAAUUCAUAAAAAAGUAAAAAAUAACUCUGAAUGCAAGAAACCUUCAGAGUAUUUGACUUGUUUUUAUAUAAGGUGACCUAAAUUUGUAGUAUACAGUGCAUGUUUCAUUAUUUAAUUUCCAGUCAAAACUGCCAUUUAGUAUUUAUUACAAAUUAUUAAUUUUUCAGAAAAUAUUUCUGAGGAGAUUAGAUAUAAGAUUGCACAAGCAAAAUAAGUGGGGAAAAACAGCAAAGCUGGAGUUCAAAGAAUUGUUAAAAGAUGCAGAGUAAAAUGCAACCAACUGAUGUGGAAAAAUAUCCCUGCAGAUUUCUUUUUAAAAAUUAAAAGCAAGUCUCCCGAAAAGAACAGAAGCUGUAAUAAAGGCAAAGCCAAAGCAAAGGAAAAUUUGAUACUCUUUUUAGUUGUUGAGACUUCUGUAUGAUUUUGUUCAAAACUUUUCCUGCUUUUUUCCUGACGCUGAAAAAUAAAUGACUUGAUGGCUGUUUUGACUGGAAACCUAAUAAAUGGAGGAUGGUCUCUGAUUUUUUCACAAUAACGUACAAAUGGCAAAGUUCUAUUUACCAUAUUGCACACUGUUUAAUAGAGAAAGAUGUGACUUUUUUGACAUUUUGCUUGUGAAAUGUGAAAAGAGUUAAAUGUGACUGAUGUAUCUUUCCUGUCACCAUAGGUGUGUGUACAGUUUACGUUAGGACUUUUUUCUCUUCAAGAGCCUAAUUUCAAGUAGCUGCUACAACAGGGAAAACACUUAAUGCUGUGCCAUUGCAUACAGCCACUAACCCGUUUUUCCUCAGAAUGAUAAUGUUUAAAACGGUCACUACUUCGUAAAGUGAUUGAUGCUGUGAACUAGUGGUUUUCGCUUUUUGUUCUGGUUACUCCAAGCACUGCACAUAAUUGAGAUUUUUCUCUGCUCUAGCACACCUCGUCAGGUGACUUCAAGCCCUUCAUGGUCUGAGUCAUGUGCUUCAGAGUUUAGUAAUUACACUGUACGUCCAAAAGUAAGACAACUUCUCAUCCAGUGUUUCUACUGAAGUCAAAGGUAUUAAUUGGGAGUUUGUCCCUCCUUUGCUGCAGUAACAGCCUCUACUGAUCUGGGAAGCCUUUACACUAGAUGUUGGAACAUUGCUGUGGCAUUCAUUAGCAUUAGUGAGGUCAGGUACUAAUGUUGGAUGAUUAGUUCUGGAUCAGACACGCUACUCCAACUCAUCCCGAAGGUAUUGGAUGGAGUUCCAUCACGCUGGAGAAUGCAGUUUCCCUGUUCCAUAUCCCAGUUUAUAGCCCUUUAGCCAGCAUCGGGCAUAGUGAUCUUAGGUUUUUUAAAGAAAUACUCCCAAAAUUUUGCAACCUAAUCACUUAUCUGCUACAUCUGUAGUGCACAAUCGCACAGAUGAUAUAGUUUCAGCAUAUAGCAUAUGUCUAUAACAAGUUGUUUUGAUUUAAUGCAUAGUCUAACUCUAGCCUGUUAAAAUUUGUGUGCGAACUUGUCUAUAGCUAGUUCAACCAGCCCCACUUGUUUGAGUUGAUUUGAGGCAUUUUAGAGCAGCUGAAGGAAUCUCUGCAGUGCUGUGGCCUUCCAGAGCCUGAGUUUGGCACCAGUGCACUAACUUGGGUCUCCAGGACUGAGCUUUAGAACCACUGGUGUUUACCAUGUACAUUUUCUUAUUGAGCUGACUGAGCUCACCUAAAGUCAAUAGUGAUGUAUAUGGAAGCAUAUUUAUUUCUAGCUCUGUGCCUUAAUAUGUGAAUACAUGCUGUGAGAGAGAGGCGUAAGUGACUCAACAUUCUUACUGAUUGAAUUUAUGUAUUAUAUAUAAGUGUAUUUGAAAUCUCGUACCUCAGGAGCUGGUAAUGAGCUUCAUUACUGUUUUGUGCUCUCUGGUUAUUCACUGCUUUAGUUAAUAAAGCUCUUCUGCUUUUAAACAA